AAUGUUAAUUUUUAGGCCGAUUGAGCUCAAAACACAAUUCUCCCUUUAGCAAACAAGAUGAAACAGCCCUCCCUCUCCGGUCUCGAUUCUCCAUCCUAGACUCCAGAGCACUUACCUUGACACCUGCGAGUAGAUUUCUCAGUGCCCCGUUUUCCUUGUACAGAGUUGUUUCUGAGAUCUCCUACUGGUUGCAAGUUGCGACUCGGAUCAUAUUCUUUCAGUCAUUUUCACAAACACCUUCUGCUCCCAAGUCCCUGUGCAAGUCUAACUGCUCCUCUUCCAAUUCCAACAAAUUCAAUCCCUACAAAUGUGGAAAAUAUCAACAAGGCCGCCUACCAGGCUUGUCGCUUUCUCUCUUCUGCUUCGUUCCCAUGUUCCCAUUCAAUCUCCCAAGCCCAUCCUCGUUUCUAUUGAUUUUUGGCCUUCUCCCACUCAAACCCGCACCCCAACUCAACCUCUCCCGAGUGCCCCAACCCUCUUCUCUUCUCUCCGUUAUUGCUCCAACAAUGUAAAUGGGAAUUCAGACACCAACAAUGGAGAAAACGGGGAAUUCGUGAGGAGGAUUGUGGACAUAUUACAGGAACCAGGGAGCAGUAUGUCCUUGGUGAAACAUAAGCUUGAGAGCUGCGGCGUUGCUGCCUCAUCGGAAUUGGUGGUGGAGGUCCUUUCCCGGGUCCGCAAUCACUGGGAAGCAGCAUUUACCUUUUUUCUGUGGGCUGCCAAGCAGCCUGGUUAUGCGCAUUCCCUGCGCGCAUACCACUCAAUGAUUUCCAUUUUGGGCAAAAUGAGAAAGUUCGACACUGCUUGGGCCUUGAUUGAUGAGAUGAGAGGAGGUAGGACCGGCACUUCUCUUGUCACUCCGCACACCCUCUCCAUCAUGAUCAGGAGAUACUGCGCUGUCCAUGAUGUCGGAAAGGCUAUAAACACUUUUUAUGCUCACAAGCAGUUUAAGUUUGGUGUUGGGAUCGAAGAAUUCCAAAACCUUUUGUCCGCCCUUUGCCGAUACAAAAACGUUCAAGAUGCUGAGCAGCUGCUAUUUUGCAACAGAAAUGUUUUCCCCUUUGAUACCAAGAGCUUCAACAUUAUUCUUAAUGGAUGGUGCAAUGUGAUUGGUAGCAUGCGUGAGGCUGAGAGAUUUUGGAGGGAGAUGAGCAACAGAGGAAUCCAAAGGGAUGUAGUCUCAUACUCCAGUAUCAUAUCUUGCUACUCUAAAGUCACUAACCUUAAUAAGGUGCUCAAGCUUUUCAACCAGAUGAAGGAAAUGGAAAUUGCUCCAGACAGGAAAGUUUAUAAUGCAGUUGUUCAUGCUCUUGCUAAAGCUAGUUUUGUGAAAGAAGCUCUCAAUCUCAUGAAAGCAAUGGAAGGCAAGGGUAUUGCUCCAGACUCUGUUACUUAUAACUCAUUGAUCAAGCCUCUGUCUAGGGCCAGGAAAAUAAAUGAAGCCAAAGAGGUGUUUGAUGAGAUGUUGCAGCGGGGCCUUUCCCCCACAAUUAGGACUUACCAUGCCUUCUUUCGGAUUCUAAAGUCAGGAGAAGAAGUGUUUAUGCUCUUGGAGAAGAUGAAAGAGACAGGCUGCCACCCAGAUAAAGAUACUUACAUCAUGUUGAUCAGAAGAUUUUGUCGAUGGCGCCAACUUGAUAAUGUCUUUAAGCUGUGGAGUGAGAUGAGUGAGAAUGGAGUUGGUCCUGAUCGUAGCUCAUAUAUUGUGCUGAUACAUGGGCUGUUUUUGAAUGGAAAGCUGGAAGAAGCAUACAAGUAUUAUAUAGAGAUGAAGGAAAAGCAAUUUUUGCCAGAACCAAAGACAGAAGAUAUGCUUCAGGCUUGGAUUUCAGGUAAGGAAACUGCAGAUGUGCGGAUGAUAGAUUUAAAAGACAAUCAAUCAGAUCAUGGCCAGUCUAGCAAAAAAACCCUAGUCACCUCCAAGAAUGUUGAUUUGGGAAGAGAUUUUCGCCAACAACCUGAGACCCGAAAAGUUACAAGAGAGAGAGGCUUUUCAUUCUGGGAAUAGUGUAUGAAUAUGAAUAAGGCAACUCAAUGAUCUGCAGCAGUAAGGUGCAUGCAGGACUCCAUACAGGUUGAUUGAUUACUUCAAAAAUUGAAUGGAAAAAUGGGGAGUUAGUUUCCAAAUUAGUGAAAAAACAAUGAAGGUAUACUCGUGAUAAUAGCACCCUAGUUCCUGGCAGCUUGUUAUCCCAACUGAACGCGUCACAAUCGUUUUCAGCUGCUGUGGAAAUGGCAUACUGGAGGUAGGAAGAAUUUUUGGUAGCCUGAUAAAGCCAUGCUGCAGCCCAUUGUAGUUCAUCCUGGAAAUUCCAUAAAGACAAGUUAAUAAUGAAGAACGGUUUAUUGCUGUUAUGGAGAAUGAGAACUUACAAGGUAGCCAGAGUAUGAGCAGUAGAAAAGACAGACAGCAGAGUGGAGGGAGUCACUGUAUUUGGCCCUAUGCCUGUUGGCAAAAUUGAAAGCCUUCUCUGCAGUUUCUAAGAGUGUCUUAGAGUAGUGAGCGUCAAGAUGUUUGAAGACGCAAGAAGAAGCAGCAAGUGCAGCAGCUGUUUCACCCGCAACAUCUGAUCCAGGAUCUGAUGGUGACCUUGUACACCGUUCGUGGAGUGUCCAUAUCCUCUGGCCGUACCCAGCACUUGUGGUCGGCUACCGGGUCACCUACCUGCCGAAGAAUUGAUUGUUUUUUCUUAAAUCCAUUCGUUAGAUCUGUCUGCCUCCUAUUUCUGUAUUAGGAUACGACUUUCUUACUGAAGUUUUAAUUUUUAAUUUUUUUUAAUUUGUUUUGGAUCGUAA